AUGCCCUAUAAAAUAAAAUCCGCGAAGCGAACUAAUCAGUUCACUCCAAGAAUCCCGAUGAUAAUCGCGAUGAAACUUCAACUGGCGCUAUUGUUAAUAAUCCACGUUCUGGUGGACAUCGUUCACGCCGCUCCGGGCCCAUUAUGGGGACUAUUCGGCAAUUACAAUUACGGAUAUUCGAGGCGCAAUUACGGAAACAGCUACGACGAUGGCGGAGAUAGAUACAGGUCGAUUUGCAGAAUACACGCCAUCGAUUCCUUGGCGUUUCCCGGAAGAAUCGGAGCACCUGUUUGUCCUUAA